GUCCUGCGCAGGCGGCCCAACGUAUCGGCUGUCAGGUCGGCGAGAGCUCUGGGAACGGCCAGACAACAAUGUUCAGACGGUCUGCCCAUCGCGAAGCACCCAGGUGUGCCUUCCCAAGAUGCCCACCACCGAUGACGAUAGGGCAGCGAUGAGCACCCAUGGUAAUGUGCCGUUGCAGCCCUGGCCCCUUAGCGUGGUCGAGUUGCAGGAGAUGCCACGCCAUGUUACUGGAGGAACACCACGGGAGAAUUUUGGGCUGCCGCGCGGUGCCGCUGGCGGCCCAAGUCUGGAAGCGACCGCCGAGAUGAAGACCCUGCGCAGCAGCCCGCAUGAAAUUACGUAUGGCCUGAUCUUCCUGCUCGGCUUGACUUUAGUGUGCGCCGGGCUCGCCGUGUUUCCGACGUACAGCAGGAGCCUCGGACUCGCACUGGUCGUCUGCGGAGUGGUGGUUGUCGUCACGGGAGCGCUCAUCGUGGACUCGUGCGCCACCCAUGCAGCCGCCUCCGGGCAGUGCCGGCCGCCGGCGUACGAGGCGGUGAUGGCGCAUCGCGAGGAAGACGACGGCGGCGAGACGCUGUUCCUCGGCCCGCGGCCAGCGUCUACGCGACGGCAUUGGAGCCUCCCUUCUCCCUGGUGCACUUGCGCUGCGCCGAGCCAGCGCCUCCUUGAAUUGAGCGGUGUCAACGACCCUCGCACUGGGCGCAAACUGAGCGCGCAGCUGCCGCGCAGCGACCGCAGUGAGCGGGACCGGCUGCAGGGCCGCUUUGUCUACGCGCUGGCGCUCCCAGCCGCCCACCCCCACGGCUCGGCGGCCAACUAUUUGAUCUGGUCGGCCGGCGAGUCGUGGUCGCCGGAACGCCACGCUAUCGGCGGGCCGAGCGUCCUGCCAGAUGCUUCCUUCGACGGGGCCUCGCCCGUGCAUCCUGCCCGUGUAUCGCGCGGCGGCGGAAAGUGCGCACCGCGACGCUGCGAGCCGCCUUCGUACGACGCCGUGCUGGCCGGCGACCUCCGCGGCAGUGCAGGCGGCCUCGCGUCGCCCCGCGGCCGGAUGACGCGGGGCCGAUCGUCGGCGCCCGAGCUUCUUCUCGGCUCGCCCCUGUCGACCGCCGCUCCCGUCGGCCGUGCGGACCGCUAGUUUGCACCCCGGCGUCGCGCACUGCUGCUGCUCAGCGUGGCAGCAGGCGCGAGGAGUCGCAGCAGCUGUUGUGUCUAUGAAACUAGAGAGACUUUGCUCUUCAAAACAGCGCGGACGUUUAUCGGCGAGCGCACAGCUGCGCGGCAGUCCGUGUUUGCUCGGCGCAGUGCUGCGCACGGGAUCUCGUCGCUGAGUCCCCCUCUCCGGCUCCAAACCUCACACCCUCCGAUUCGUUCUGCAGCGGGGCUCUCGGCCACGCAUAUCAGAGGCAAUGGCCGACGCGGUGGAGGGCACGAUUGCGUACCGAAGACGCGCACCGUAGCUGUGUCGGGGCGGGAGCCGGCAGAACCGUGUGCACAGCACGAGAUCGUGCGCUGUUUCUCUGUAAAGGAUGAAAUUCUUGGGCACCGGAUUCAGCGUCAGUGAAGACUUCUUUCCCAUGACAUCUCAAGCUCGUGGACAUUUGGUUCAAGUCAGAAAGGCGCAAAACAACAUUCAAACUGCCCUUGAUAAACUGUUAAUGCAAAACAAGACAUUGUGUACGAUCGUUCAUCUAAGAGAGUUGUUGAACUGAAGUCAUAGCAGUCGCGUCCACUUCACCCAGGGAAAAAAUACUUCACUGGGGUAUCAUUUUCGUAGACCGACAUUCACAGCGUCAUACCCGCCUUAUGCAAUAGUGUUACUUCUAGUUCGAGUGGUACCCAUCCUUUUAACCGAAGCACAGCUCAACGUAUUGAUUAUAGAUUCCAAGAUCUUGCCUUACCUUACUAACUUCGAUAUUUUCCGCAAACACCGAAGUGAUGGCGCACGCCCUGCGAUGGUGUUCUUGCCACCACUAAUCUCACCUUCCCGAUGCACACCAGUAAACAUAUUUUCACCUCUAGAACUACGUUGAUUAAGCUGCAAUAGGCUUUAUCCGAGCAGGGUCAUUCGUAUUUUUUACAGGCCCCCCUAACUGGUAAUCCGUUGACUUAACUUUACAUUGCCUAUCAAAAGACUCCAAUCAUGCUCUUUGGUGACUUUAAGCUUCCUGCUAUAACAAUAACGGACCUCGCAUGAACGUCAGCCAAAGACAAACAAUGGCAGUGCUUUUCUCGACGCCUGCCUUACUUUGGCGCUGCAUCGGACGCAGCCAGCGCUCCGGUGAACCCACACCGAAACGCACCAAAGUGCUCCGGCGUUCCACUGAGCGACGCCCUCGUUCCAAGUCUGCUGCGGCGUCCGAGCUCGCCGGUGACAUCACCACCCGCCAGGAUAUAUAAAGGGUUCGCGGACAAUAAACGGGGGCUUUUUGGUUUAGGGCUUGGA